AUGAACUUCUCCAUUCCUCCCAUCUCUGAAGUUCUUAUUAAGGAGAGAUCAAAGGGGAAGGAAGUUGUAGUUGGGAGGGAUGAAAGAAUUGAAGAGUCCAGAAGGAAGGUUUUGGAAGAAGCUAAUGAGCUUAUUCGGGCGAGAGAAGUUGAAGGUGGGAAUGAUAAUAAUAAUGUUGGAAGGAAGAUUGCCAAGAUUUCUACCAAUGUACAAUAA